AAAGGACGGAGCGUGCAGACACGACAUUACACAAAGCGGACCACGUUGAGUUGGUAAAUGUUUUACGAGCCGCACGCACACAUUUUCCCUUCCCUUCAAAACCAAAACACUCUACCCUUCUGUGCCUAAAAACACUUCAAUUUUCUCUCUGUUUUUUUGGGCUCUGAUGAAGAAAUUGUGUCCGAACUUUGAUCGUGAAGAUGGGCUCGAUACAGUCCUGGAAGUUCCCGUCCCAGAAGAGGCUUUUGCCUCUGCCAACAAGAACCAUAACAAAUCAUGGCAAAACAUGAAGGCGUGGAUGAAACCAAACGCUGAUAGAUCACCAGCAGCGCUUCUCGGAAGCCGUAACACAGAGAUCCAGCUUUUGCUUGGCGUCGUUGGCGCUCCAUUGAUUCCUAUGCCCAUCCGCUGCGAUCAUCGGUUGAUCAAUCGAAUCGUGAAAGACCAUCCUCUUGAGGCUUUGAAGGCGAAAUACAUUGUGCAGCAAUAUGUGGCGGCAGUUGGGGGAGAGAAGACAUUGAAUUCGAUAGAGAGUAUGUAUGCGAUGGGGAAGGUGAAGAUGGCGGCGUCAGAGUUCUGUGGAGGGAAUGGGAUGUUGAACAACAAGGCGGUGAAGAUGAAGUGUUCGAGAAAUGGCGGAGGAGAGAUGGGUGGGUUCGUGCUGUGGCAGAAGAAGCCUGAUUUGUGGUGCUUGGAGUUGGUGGUUUCAGGUUGCAAGAUUAGUGCUGGCAGUGAUGGAAAAGUCGCUUGGAGACAGACCCCAUGGCACCACUCUCAUGCCUCCAGAGGUCCUCCCAGGCCUCUUCGUCGUUUCUUGCAGGGUCUUGAUCCAAAGUCCACAGCCAAUUUAUUCUCCGACUCUGUCUACAUGGGAGAGAAGUCAAUCAACAAUGAGGACUGCUUUAUACUAAAACUUGAAGCAGAAUCCACUACUCUACAAGCAAGAAGCAGCAACAAAGUAGAAAUAAUGCAACACACAGUUAGGGGUUGCUUUAGCCAGAGAACAGGUCUAUUAGUUCAACUACAAGACUCUCACCGCCUGAGGAUCAAAACCCCCGGAAGUGAGAGCAUAUUUUGGGAGACAACAAUGGAGUCGUUGAUCCAAGACUACCGUAACGUCGAUGGUGUCAACAUUGCACACAAGGGUAGGACUUCAGUCUCAUUGUUCAGGUUGGAUGAGGACUUGCAUACCCUUUCCAGGACAGGAAUGGAAGAGGUCUGGACAAUAGAAGAAGUCGACUUCAACAUAAAAGGGUUGUCAAUGGAUUGCUUUCUGCCUCCUAGUGAUUUGAAGAAAGAGGAAGACGAAUGUGAUGGUGUUGUUGGUGGUGUGCCUAGCGUUAAUGCUCGUUUGCCAUUCAAGAUUCGGUCUGGUUCUAAUAGGAUUAGUGCUUCUAAAGUAGCUGCUAUCGAUUCAUCCGAGUCGGACAGUACCGAAGAAGAUGAAGAGUCGUAGAUUUGGUUUUUAUGAAUGAAUCUUGUAUAUAUGCUAAUAUAGUUGCAAUUGAUAAAUUGCUAAGCAAACAGUAGUAGUGUUUUUUGGAAGUUAAACUGGACCAUCACAAGGAUGGCAAGCUCAAAAAAAACUGAUGAUUCAAGCUGCUUUUUCUGUGGAAAUGAAUUCAUAUAUAGAUUUGAUAAUGAA